UUCACGCCAUGGAAAAUAGCUGUGUUCAUGUUUCUAGCUUUGGCUCAUUCAAGCUUCUUUACAUUGCUAUUUCUUGUUGCAGAAGAGCCAUAUUUCUUGUCUUUAGCUGCCUAUACUUGCCUGGGAGCCUAUAUAAUUCUUAUCUUCUUUCUCUUCACUCUAGGCUCUGUAGAGCAGGCUUACAAGUUCUUGGCUGGGAGAGGUGCUAAGGCAGGUACUGGCAACAAGAACAGCAGAACAGCAAUGAAAGCAGUUUUGGCAGUCAUGCUGACUGUUGUGCUGACUGUUGUCGGGCUGUUAAAUGCUUCCCGGCCUCCCACUGUGAAUUCAGUGGAGGUUCCACUUCACAAGCUGCCCUCAACAAUGAAUAAUCUGAAAGUAGUGUUGCUUUCAGAUAUCCAUCUGGGUCCUACAGUUGGGAAGACCAAGCUUGCCAUGAUUGUAAGAAUGGUUAAGGCUUUGAAACCAGAUAUCACCGUGAUUGUUGGGGACCUGACUGACUCUGAGGCAGAGAUCAUACGACCUGCUGUUGAGCCUCUUGGAGAACUUAACUCCCCUUUGGGGACUUACUUUGUCACAGGAAACCAUGAGUACUACACAUCAGAUGUUAGCAACUGGUUUGAGCUGUUAAAAUCAUUCAACAUUCGGCCACUGCAUAAUGAGAAUGUGAAGAUUGUUUCACCGAAGAGCACUGAUGACUGGUUCUGCCUGGCUGGCGUUGAUGAUAUUGAAGCAGAUGUACUGCGCUACUCGGGGCAUGGCAUGGAUUUAAAAAAAGCUCUCAGAGAUUGUAGCAGUGAGCAUGCAAUAGUGCUGUUAGCUCAUCAGCCGAUUGCUGCAAAGUGGGCCCUUCAGGAGAGACCAGACAUAAAUUUAAUUCUCUCUGGCCAUACUCACGGAGGGCAGAUGUUCCCACUAAAUGCUGGGGCUUAUUUUCUGAAUCCCUUCUUUGUUGGCUUGUACAAAGUUGGGCAGAACACCUUUGUCUACGUCAGUCCGGGGACUAUGUACUUUGGAAUACCCAUGAGGCUGGGCAGCAGAGCUGAAAUAACAGAGAUAAUUCUAUGUUCUCCUUGAGGAGUUUUCCAUUUGACAGACUUCUGCCAUCCUUUUUGGUCAGUAUAUUGGCUCUUCUGCUCUGAAAGCAAAUCCUUUUUCAGGGAAGCCAGAGAAGAUGUAUUAGGGUGGACUUCAGCAGGUUCUGUUAAGUUUGAGCAGAACACACUAACUGUAUCUUGGGCCUAUGAA